AUGCCUCCCAAUUUCCAAGUCGUAGUCUCGCGAGGCAUUUACCACGGUUUGCCAACGUUCCCCGAUAAACCGGGAUACAAGGAUCUCACGGCCAUUUCGUGCAUCGCAACAGGCAUCUCGGGCUACCACAUGGUGAAGGCGCUGGCUGCCGCUCCCGAACGCUGGUCGAAGAUCUAUUGUCUGUCGAGACGUCCUCCGCCGGAUUAUUUCUUCGAAGAGCUGGGCGAGGGCGCACAGCGUGUCGAACAUGUCGAAGCAGAUUUCUUGGGGAAACCGGAGGACAUUGCGGAUAACUUGAAACAGAAGAUCAAGAAGGUCGACCACGUAUUCUUCUUUUCCUACACGCAACCCCAACAGAAGGGCGGCGUGCUUAAUAUGUGGUCCGAUGCAGACGCUCUGGCGAAGAUCAACACCGACCUGAUCUCGAACUUCAUCGAAGGCCUCAAACUCGCCAACCUCACGCCUAAACGCAUGUUGCUCCAGACGGGAGCUAAACAGUACGGAAAGUGGUUUCCUGGUUGCUUCCACAUCGGCCCAGCCACCACACCCUCCUACGAGUUCGACCCGCGCGUAACGCUCGAAAACAACUUCUACUACCCCCAAGAAGACGUGCUGGCCAAGUACUGCAAAGAAAACAACCUCGGAUGGAACGUGGUGCGGCCGAGCUACAUCAUCGGCGCCGUGCGCGACAACAUCCUCAACUACCUGCCCGGCUUCGCCGUGUAUGCAUCUGUGCAGGCCCACUUGAAGCAGCCUCUCGCCUUCCCCGGGGACUACCAGGCUUGGGAUCGCGAGCAUUGUCAAAGCAGUGCGAUGAUUAAUGCUGCGUUGGAGGAGUGGGCUGUUUUGACGCCCGAGGCGGCGAAUGAGGCUUUUAAUGUGCAGGAUGGGACGAAUUUUACUUGGGGGAGGUUCUGGCCCUACUUGGCUAGCUGGUAUGGAACUACCUGGGAACCGCCCGAGGCUGACGCCAGUAAAUACCGCGACUUCACCUCGAGAGCAGUAGAGACUCCGCGCGGCUACGGUCCCCAAGGCGUCACUCGCUCGACCUUCAGCUUGAUGGAGUGGUCCGAGAAGCCCGACGUGGUCUCGGCUUGGGAGGAGCUCAAGGCGAAGCACGGCCUCCUCCUUGACCCGUUCAAGGAUCGAGCGCAGACGUUCGGUGUCACGGACUCUGCCAUCAUCGGCGGAUGGCCGUUAUCCCUCAGCAUGCGCAAGGCGAGGAAGAUGGGCUUCCAUGGGACGGCGGACUCGCUGGAAACGCAGUUUUGGACCUUCAAAGCACUCGUGGACAUGAAGGUGUCGCCGCCGCUGGCUGUUGAUAGCUAUGUCGAGGAGGUGCAGUGA